GAUAAUGACACACAAACAUAUAUAUUUUAUCUUUUAGAUAAAGUUAUCGAAAUCUUAUCUAGAGAUGAAGAAAUUGAGCAUUAGUCAGGUUCGUAUCCUAUAGAUAAUAACCUAAUCGAGCAAGCUGAGAUUUAUCAGAAGAACCGGAACAACCGGCCCUGUGUCUAUCGCCUAUCGCUAUUUCCUCGCAUUGUGCAAGGAGGCUUUAACAUUUCUCUGUACUAUUCUGUACGCAUGCGUACAAAUUUCUGUUGGCGCAAUUAUAGUCCCAGAAUCUUCCUGUGUAUGUGUAAAUCUUCCAACACACAUUUAGUCUUUUGAAAGCGUUUUUGAAGAACGUCCGUGUUUUGAAGAACGGUGUGAAUACUAUGGUGAUUUAGAUAGAAAAACAAUGUUUGAAUUGUAAUGUAAAUAAUUUUUAGAGUAGUGUAGAAUAUUGUACUGUUGUAGCAAUUUAGCAAUAUUGUAGUUAAAUAUACCUGUUUGUAUCGCGACGCGAGUAAUAGAAGAUCAUGGAAGACACCAAGGAAAAGUAUCACAAUCAUCAUUUUCGCCGUUUUGCCAGCAUAUUUUUACACGCUCAUUUUGACGUUGAUGUCGUGGACCGGCCGGCGAACAAUCUUCACAUCUCCAAUUUUGACAUCUUUCUUUUGGGAUCUUCGAUAUUUACGCAUAUUGUGGACAUGGGUUUCGAUUACAACGUUGCAUUUCAAUAUCUUUUUCGUGGCAAAACCAUAUAUUUUGUUUGGACGAUGUGUCUGAUUCUCAUUCCUUCUCUGAUAAACGUUAUCAUCAGUAAAAGAAUGCAGCAUCAAGAUAAAAGAGGUUUUGAUGCAGAUGAAGAAGAUGAUCGUAAAACAUUACAUUUAAUGAUUAAAAAUAAAAUAUAUUGCGGUAUUGCUGUUAUAUUACAAUUAGCACCUGUUCUACAUUACUGGGAAACUUUGAUAUACGCUCUGAAAUCACGCAAAUGUGAGAAAUCCAAUGAUCGUGUUGGUCAAAGACAAUAUUAUUUAAAGAUGCUUAAAGAAGAUCAGGACGUUGCUUUACUAAGAGUAUUUGAAUGUUUUCUGGAAGCUGCACCCCAACAGAUCUUACAGCUGAGCUUGAUGCUAAAAUACUACCACAAUGAAGUCAAUUACGAAUUUGUGCAUCAAGUAGGUAGUGUUGUCAGCUCACUUGUGAGCAUGGGUUGGGUGAUGGCUAGUUAUCACCGUAGUAUCAGAUUAGCUCAAGAUGAGAAGUACAAUAUUGAUCUAUUAGGAAGUGCUUUUCAAUUUUUUUCGCACUUUUUCAUUACAGUGACAAGAAUCUUAUCAAUCAGUGUUAUUGCGAGCGUCUGGCCAUUAUAUACCGUAAUAUGUUGCGUGAUACAUUGGAUGAUUGUGACGAUAUGGAUUUUGAUCGAUUCUCACGGAUUAGUCGAGUUUUGUCGGAGUUGUAAUCGCCCGCCGCACGUACCGCCGACGAUCAAAGAACGAAUUCGUUCCGUAUUAUUUGCCGCAAUUAUCGGCAUUGUACACACCUUUAUAUAUUUAAAUGUUGUAGCUGGCAAUACUUUCUGGAAACACUUAAUUUUUUAUACACUUUGCACUUUGGAGAAUGUUGCAGCUGUGGUGUUAUGGAGACUUCUUCAUCUGAGAAAGCUUGGAGAUUUGAAGAUUUCUUCUUCUGAAGAAGUUAAAAAUGCUUGGUAUUUUGAUGUGAUUCCCAUUGUUUGUCUUGUCUCUUUUGUCACGGGAAUAGUAUCAAUAAUAUUGUACUAUAUAGUAUUUCAUCCUCCCAAAUGGAGACGCUCUCAAAACGUGCCACUUCAAACAAUGUAACUUAUCUGUACCUCUUUUCUACUUACUGCCUAAAGAACAAAUUUUGUGUUCUCAUUUAAUCUCAUCCAAUUGUAUUUUUUAUAAAUUUUAUAUACAGGGUGUAUCGGACAAAUUAUUUGUCGAUAUUUUUGACAAACUCUGUAUAUAAUACACAUACAAUUUAUAAGACUUUUUGAUAUUUAUAUUAUAUAUGAUAUAUACCAGAGAUUAUAUAUAUGAUAUACAUUACACACAGAGGACUUUUACUAUUUUUAUACAUGUACAAGCAAAAAUGUUAAUGCCUUUACACAUAAAGUUGCACCAAAAAUGUCUGAAUAAUAUUUUAAACACUGAAAAGUGCAACUCUAUAUAUGUAUAAAGACAUUGACAUCUCCACUCUCAGUUCAAAUUUUCAAAUGACUGAUAAGUUGUACACAAUUUACACAAUGCAUUUCCAUAUAGUUAGAGUAUAUCUAACAAAUCUAGCAAUUCUAGAAAGUCUUUUUAAAAUAUAAGUUUUGAUACUUAUUUUUCAUGCAAGCUCAAUUUUUAAAAUAAUAAAUAAUAUGUAAUUUAAAUAUAAUUAUAUAAAUUUAAUAAUUUUAUAUACUUAAAUAAAUUAUUAUAUGAUAAUAUACUGUGAACUAUAAUCAGAUGUACCACAUGUAACAUCGAUGCUCUGACUAAUAGCAAAAUAUAUUUUGAAACAUUGAUGUAACAUCUGUUUUACUUCCAACACAAAAGAAUGCUGAAAAUAUUUGUUGAAUAAAGUAGAACACAAUUUUAAAACUCUUAAAGUUUGCAAUUUUUCUCUAUUUUAGCUUAAAAAAGCUAUAAAUGUGUGUUACACAUAUGAGUUUUAUUCUAUGAUACUUAAUGGAAUAUUAA